UCUAGUUCGUGGUAGCUCGCAAUCCCCUCUAACUCAAAUCAAUACACGGGUGCCACGCGUCCAACUCCACUUUACCGACCAAACAUUCAUCGCACUUCUGUCAAUUUCUUCCUCUCAUCUUCUUUCCUUUCCCGAAAAGCAACUUAAGAACCAAUUAAUUCAUCUCUCCUAUCUUACCGACAUUUGAAGUCCAUAUUCAAUUCUCCAUGUUGCGUUCGCCACGCGGUUGUAUAUAUAUAUAUAUAUUCUGUCCUUUAUAUUUAACCCUUUCUAUAAAUUCCCAACUUCUGGAUUUGUUCUAAUAUCCACAACAUAUCUAUUCUUUUUCAUAUACUUUAUAUAGAGAGCACAGAGUUUCUUGGAGUUUCUGUUUCUUACUGAAAAUGAACAAUACUGCCAAUGAAUCUGCUGAACAUCCUUGUGAGAGACAACUUUGUGGUUCAUUAGGUUCUAUUUGCCUGGUACCUAUCCGACGUUAAUUCGGAUUAGUUGGGCGUGGUUUCGGUACCAGAUGUCUAAAAAAGAAAGAAAAAACUGCCUAGUGCCAGUCGACCAAAUACGUAGUCAUUUAGUUAUCCUUGUUCAGUCUUUUUGCCAUUGUUGUUAUUUUUCCUUUCUACCUAAUGCUUUCAUUAAACAUGAAAAUUAUAGACUUAUUGUUUUCUUAAUUAUUUCAUCUCCUUCUUAGAUACCUUGGAGAAAUUAAAGGCACAUUGACGUGCAGACAAUUGUUGUGCCAUGGGAGAAGUAAAGAUGGAAAAGGAAAAGAAGAUAGACAUGGAAGAAAAGCAUGAAAAAGAAUUGAAGGAGAAAGAGAAAGAAAAAGAGAAAAAGGAUAAAGUAAAAAAUAGGGGGAGCAAAGAGGAGUCGGAGGAAACAGAGGAUGAGAAAGAUGGUGAAACAAAAAAUGUAAAAGAAAAGAAAUACAAGAAUAAAAAGAAAGAGAAAAAGGAUAAAGUACAAAAUACGGGGAGCGAAGAGGAGUCAGAGGACACAGAGGAUGAGAAAGAUGGUGAGACAAAAAAUGUAAAAGAAAAGAAAUACAAGAAGGAAAAGAAAGAGAAAAAUGAUAAAGAAAAGAAAGAGAAGAGUAAAGAGGAGGAGUCGGAGGAAGAAACCGAGGAAGAGAAGGAUGAUAAAAAAGGGAAGAACAAGGAUAUAAAGAAGAAAUUCAAGAAGGAUAAGAAUGAGGAAAAAGAUAAAGAGAUGAAAGCCGAGCAAACAUGAGUCAGAAGAAGAAGACGGCAAAGAAACAGAGGAAGAGAAGGAUGACGGAGAAGGGGAGAAGAAAGAUAAAGAGAAGAAACUUAAAAGGGAAAGAAAGACAGAAAGGAAAAAGAGAAGAAAGACAAGAUCAUAGAUGAGUCGGAGGAAGAAAAGGAUGAUGAUAAAGGGGAGAAGAAGGAUAAAGAGAAGAAAGACAAGAUCAUAGAUGAGUCGGAGGAAGAAAAGGAUGAUGAUAAAGGGGAGAAGAAGGAUAAAGAGAAGAAAGACAGGAAGGAAAAGAAAGAGAAAAAGAACAAGGAAAAGAAAGGCAAGAGCAAAGGGGAAUCAGAAGAAGAAACCGAGGAAGAGAAGGAUGAUGAAAAAGGGA